AUGCUGAAACGGCAAUGGAUCUGCGGUGCAGUCAAUGCCGGUCUCUUUCUUGUGGGUGCUGCUCUGCUAAGCGUUGGCAUAGCAGUCAUGGUGAAGAUCUUCCCAGAUAUCGUUGAAAACCAAAUAAAAACUGGUAAAGUCUUCGGACUAAACGACGACGGGACGCUGAACGAUUUCACAAAGACGUGGGCUAAUCCUUCCUACAUCUCAACGAUGCAGUUCUGGGCAUUCGACUAUAAAAACACGAUUGGUAUAUUGAACCGAGCUCUGUGGCCGGAUAUGGAUGAAAAAGGGCCAUACGCCUAUGAGUGA